GGACAGGGGAGAGGAAGCUCAGGAGGGCUCCUCUCCCACACCAUGGAAUUCUUAACAAAAACACUUCUUGUCCAUCUGGAAGAGAUCUCUGUUGUUACUGAGGGAGCGCUGGGCAUAGUAUGGGGUGCAGGUCUGUGUCCAAAUUCUGCCAUGUUUUUUCCUACCAAGGGUAGGGUCUCUUUUAGGUCUCAGUUUCUCUGCCCCUAAAAUGGAGUGGCUGUGGAAAUGGAGAGGUGCUCAUUUCCACCCAGACUCCUACCUCAGUAAGUGGUGAAAUGAAAAGCGGUGUGGACAGAAAGGGUCUGCGGCCUGGGGCUCACACUGGUAGUGAGGCUCCGAGGUGGGGACCCCACUUGCCAGCCCUGGGGUAGCAGGACACCUUCUAAAGUCAGCUUUCCUCCCGGAGCUCCAGUGCUGAGCCCCUCUCUGCAGAAGGCCCAGCCCUUUUCCCAAGGCCUGACAGCUUCAGACUUUGGGGAGAAGAGGAAGGAAGGAGGGAGCAGGGAUAGAGAGACUGCAGAAUUGGGGCUGGAGGAGAGGAGGGAGGCCCACUUUUUUUUUUUUUUUUUUAACCUGCGGUGCCGGCCUCUCCCCUGUUUGCUCUGAGAUACCAGUCUCGCUCCUGCCCAGCCCGGGCGGCUACCCUUGGGUGCUCCCUUCCCUCCCCGACACCCAGACCGACCUUGAUCGCCCACCUGGCAGGAGCAGGACAGGACAGAUGGACGCGGCCAUGGCCGAGCUCCCGGGGCCCUUUCUCUGCGGGGCCCUGCUAGGCUUGCUGUGCCUGAGUGGGCUGGCCGUGGAGGUGAAGGUACCAACGGAGCCGCUGAGCACGCCCCUGGGGAAGACAGCCGAGCUGACCUGCACCUACAGCACGUCGGUGGGAGACAGCUUCGCCCUGGAGUGGAGCUUUGUGCAGCCUGGGAAGCCCAUCUCUGAGUCCCAUCCAAUCCUGUACUUCACCAAUGGCCAACUAUAUCCAACUGGUUCUAAGUCAAAGCGGGUCAGCCUGCUUCAGAACCCCCCCACAGUGGGGGUGGCCACACUGAAACUGACUGACGUCCACCCAUCAGAUACAGGAACCUACCUCUGCCAAGUCAACAACCCACCAGAUUUCUACACCAAUGGGUUGGGGCUAAUCAACCUUACUGUGCUGGUUCCCCCCAGUAAUCCCUUAUGCAGUCAGAGUGGACAAACCUCUGUGGGAGGCUCUACUGCACUGAGAUGCAGCUCUUCCGAGGGGGCCCCUAAGCCAGUGUACAACUGGGUGCGUCUUGGAUCUUUUCCUACACCUUCUCCUGGCAGCAUGGUUCAAGAUGAGGUGUCUGGCCAGCUCAUUCUCACCAACCUCUCCCUGACCUCCUCGGGCACCUACCGCUGUGUGGCCACCAACCAGAUGGGCAGUGCAUCCUGUGAGCUGACCCUCUCUGUGACCGAACCCUCCGAAGGCCGAGUGGCCGGAGCUCUGAUUGGGGUGCUCCUGGUCGUGCUGUUGCUGUCAGUUGCUGCGUUCUGUCUGAUCAGGUUCCACAAAGAGAGGGGGAAGAAGCCCAAGGAGACAUAUGGGGGUAGUGACCUUCGGGAGGAUGCCAUGGCUCCUGGGAUCUCUGAGCACACUUCUAUGAGGGCUGAUUCUAGCAAGGGGUUCCUGGAAAGACCCUCGUCUGCCAGCACCGUGACAACCACCAAGUCCAAGCUCCCUAUGAUUGUGUGACUUCUCCCAAUCCCUGGGAGGGCGGUGAGGGGGAAUAUCAAUAAUUAAAGUCUAUGGGUACCAUACUGUCUCCUUCUUUCUGCUGGUAUGGCGAAUUCCUCCAGGCGGCAAGAGUAUUAACAGUAAGAGAAGGAAUGGGCUUGAAGUCCGAGAAAAGGUAGGCAGGAAGUUUGGUUGGGUCAAAGGGGUAGAUUUCAACCUAGGUGCCUCUCCACUUCAACCCACCAGCUCCCGAUUUUUGGUUUGGCCCAAGGAGACUUGUUCAAGUUCCAAGCGGAGGCCUUGUGCACCCAAACUCCCUCCCCCGGCACCCUCUGAACACUUGGACAUUCCUCUUUAUUGUUCACAUUCCAACCCAGCACAGUCACAUGCACACACGGAGAUUAAAAACCUUUCGGCCACAGCCCCAGGAGCCCGGCGGGGAGGGGGGGAGAGGGAAGGGCGGGGCCGACGGGGGCGGGGCGGGGCCGUGGAAGACUCCUCCUACCGAGCCUCCCAGGCGCUCGGCGUUUGCAUAAACAAGAGAGCUGGAGAGGCUGCCCUCAACAGUGCGCUGGGGAAAGGGGAGGGAACGUGACAGGCAGGUGUGGGAUAGGGA